AUCAAAAUUAACUAAAUUUAUACAAAGUAUCAAGAAUAACAAUUCAUCCUUAAAAAAAUACACAACUCAUUGCUCCAAUUAUUAAUUUAUUUUAAAAAAAAGAGAAUAAAAAACAAAAAUAUUUAUAGAACAUAUAAAAAUAGAAAAAUAAAAAUAAACUGCAUGACUAAAAAAUAAUAAAAUUAGCUUGAUGAAAUAGAGUAAUAAAAUUUAGUAUUUCUAAUAAUAAAAAAUUGUCCAAUAAAAUUAAAUAAUUAAUUAUAAAAUGAAAUAAUAGUUAUGUUACCAUCGUCAGGAUGUUUUAAGGAUGUUGAUUGUCCAUAUCAUGACAAUGGUGGAUGUUACAGGCCUUAUUGUCAUUUUAAACAUGUACGAAGAGAAAAUUCAUCAACAGCACCAACAUUAUCAAAUCAAACAAUCGAGGGGAAUAAAAAUUCCGAAACCACCACCACAUCAACAACAUUAGCAACAACAAAAGCAAUAACACAAACAGAAAUAAUUCAACAACUUGUUAGUCAAGCUGUUACAAAAGUAUUGAGUGAUCAAGGUGUUGUUGUUGAUACUAAUCAAGUAUCUGAAAAUAUUGUAUCACAAGUUGUUGAAGGUUUAAAACCAGCAUUAAAAACAACAACAACAACAAUUGGAAAACACAGUUGUGUACCACAAUUAAUAACAAAACCACCAUGUAUUUAUAAUCCAACUCCAAUAUCUGAGCUUAAAAAACGUCAUUUAUUAUCAUUACCAGCAUAUAAUCAAAUACGUAAUGAUAAUAAUAAAUCAUCAUUAAAAAGAAAACAAGAUGAUGAUUGUAAUAAUGAAAAAACAAAUGAAUUAGUAUAUAAACCAACAGCAAUAAUAAAUAAUGAUAAUAAUAUAAUACAUGAUUAUAUACCAACAAUUAAAACAGAUUCAAUAAAUUCUUCAUUAUUUGAUGAUAGUAAUUCAAGUGAUUAUAAUAAUAAACGUAAAGAAACAUAUUGUCCAAAAAAUAAAAAAAGACGCGAAGAAUAUGUACCAAAAAAUAUUAAAACAUCAUUAUUAAAUAAUCAACAUCUAGAUGAUACAAUGUCUAUUGAUGAUUACAAUGAAUUAAAAUUAUAUGAUAAUAAUAUAAUUAAUAAUACAGUUAAUAUAACAAAUAAAUUAAAUGAUAAUAAUGAUGACAGUAAAUUAAUAACCAAAGAAGUACAAAAUAUUAAAAAGACUGUUAUUAAUGAUGAUGAAAAAAUUAUUAAUAGUAAUGAUGAUGAUGUAACAAAAGAAAUUACAAAUAAUCAUAGUGAUUCUGAUAAAAAAAAUAAGGAACAUCAUCAUCAUCAUCAUCAUAAGGAUCAUAAGGAUCAUCAUCAUCAUCAUCAUCACAGUAGUAGUAGCAGUAGUAAUAAUAACAGCAAUAGUAAUAAAGAACGUCAUUUAAAAGAAAAAAAAAGUGAUAAAAAAGAUUCAAGAGAACGUAAACAUUCAACUGAUAAACACAAAUCAUCAUCGACUUCAUCGAAAACAACAUCAUCGUCAUCAUCAAGUAGACAUAAAAGUAAAAGUAGUAGCCACAGAGAUAGCUCAUCUUCUUCUCAUCGUCAUAGUAAAGAUAAAUCAAGUAGUUCAAGUAGAGAUAAAAAAUCAAGUUCAAAAGAAAAUGAAAAUCAUAAAUCAAGUAGUAAAAAUAAUGAUAAAUAUAAAUCUUCUAGUUCAUCAAAAUCAGAUAAAGAUAAAAAAUCAAAAUCACAUAAAUUAUCUGAUAAAAAAUCAUCAAAAAAACAUCAUAAUAAUUCUGAUUUAUCACAUGAUGAUGAUGAUGAUGAUCAUAAUAAUGAUAAAAAAUUUAUUAAUUUUGAAGAUAUGUUAAUAAGUUCAGAAUCUGAAAAUGACAUUGAAGAAGAAUGUUUAAAAAUAUUUCAAGAAUAUCAAAAAAUUGAUAAUAAAAAUGAUAAUAAUAUUGAUGAAAAAAAAAUUAUAAAUAUUGAUGAUUUAAAUGAAGUUGAAGAAAUUGGUAAAAAAAGAGUUGCUCAUCCAUCAGCAUCAACAAAUGUACUUAGAAUACCUGGUACAAGUCAAGAGCCUAAAAAAAUACAAAAUCCACAACAAAAAAUGUAUGAACGUUGGCGUUUAUUGAGACAAGCUGCAGCAGAAAAAGCUGCUGAACGAGCAGCUAAUAAUAAUGAUAAUUCAAAUCAACAAGUGUUUAAAAUUGAAAGUAAAAAUCUUCAUACUGAAAUUCAACCAACUGAAAUUGCACGAAUGAGAAUAGCUCAUGUUCCUUACGCAAAGUCAUUGGCCCUGACAAAGAAGAAAGUUAUUGAAUCGGCAACGAAGCCAGUCGAACAAAAAACAACAGCACAAACUGCUAGAGGAACAGCUCGUGUUGCACAUGUGCCACAAACAGUACCAGAGUUGAUACGUCCAGAGCCACUGCAGAUAUCAACACAAAAAUUCAACUUAAAUGUUCGUCAGUAUUACGUUAACAUGAUGCAAGAUAUUUGUAUACAAAUUUAUACGAAUGGAGAUGACGCAGCUCAACGAGCAUUGAGAGAAGAAUUUGGUUGUCAUGAACGAUGCACAGCAUUAUCAGUUUAUAAAAAUUCAUGUAUGCUUGCUGUACAUAAAUUAAGAAAAGAAGUUAAUCAAAAUAAUUCUGGUAAUGUACCACCAACAACAACAACAACAGCAAGCGGAAUGGUUUCACAUGAUGCAUUAAUAACUGGUAAAACAAAAGGUUCAUGGAGUGUUGUUAAAAAUAAAAAAAUUAUAACGGAUUUUAAAGGCACAGCACUUUAUUGUAAAUUAAAAAAAUGGAUUAUGAGUGAACAACAACUUAAAGAUUGGGGAUAUCCAAGGAUACAUCCAGAUGGUCCAAAGGGACGAGCUAAAGUCUAUGUGAUAAAUUCCAGAAAUAAAACAAUAUUAUCAAAAGUACCAAAUGAAAGAUACUGCAGUAGAUGUAAUCAAUCAUAUAUGGUUGAUAAGCAUGGAUUAGCUGUACGACAACAAAAUUGUAUUUAUCAUUGGGGAAGAAAAUUUACAUAUCGUGGUGAAGGUAAAUAUAGUUGUUGUCAACAAGAUGGUACAGCGUCUGGUUGUUGUGAUGCUAAAUCACAUGUUUGGGAUGUUGUUGAUUAUGAAAGUUUAUAUGGUUAUGUACAAACAUUGCCAAAAGAUAAAGAUCCAGAAAAUCAGGGAGUUUAUGCACUUGAUUGUGAAAUGUGUUAUACAUCACAUGGUCUUGAAUUGACACGAAUAACUGUUAUAGAUGAAGAUUGUAAUGUUGUUUAUGAAACUCUAGUUAAACCUGAUAAUCCAAUUAUUGAUUACAAUACAAGAUUUUCAGGUAUAACUGAAAAAAAUAUGAAAGGUGUUACGACAAGUCUUCGUGAUGUUCAGGCAGUAUUGUUAACAAUGUUAUCAGAAUUUACAAUUGUCAUUGGUCACAGUUUAGAUAGUGAUUUUAAAGCAUUGAAAUUAAUUCAUAAUACAAUUGUUGAUACGAGUUUUAUGUUUCCUCAUAAAAAUGGUUUUCCACAAAAACGAGCAUUGAGAAAUUUAUGCUCUGAAUAUUUACGUAAAAUUAUUCAAAAUGAUGUCGAUGGUCAUGAUAGUAAAGAAGAUGCAGUUGCUUGUAUGGAAUUGAUACAAUGGAAAGUCAAAGAAGAAGCUAAACUACUGUGAGAUAAUUAAAUAAAGAAUAAUUGUUAAAUUGAUAUUACAAAUUCAGUUGUUCAUUAACAAAAAAAAAAAAGAAAAAGUAUUGCUCUUUAUAUGAGAUUUAAUAAUAAGUUUACUCAGCUGCCUACGUGUUUCCAUUUUAAUUGGAAUUAUCAUUUGUAAUUCAUUUUUAAACUGAUGAAGAAAAAAAAAAAAUAAACAAUUAAAUUUUAAGAAUUUAUAUAACCGUACAUUGUUGAGAUUAAAAAAAAUGUAAUAAGAAAAUAAUCAUCAUUUGUAGAUUAUUAUGCAUCAUUUGUUAUUAACCAUAAUAACUUUGAUUAAAUAUUUUUGUACUUCGUUACUUAUUUAUAUAAUUUUCAUCUCACGAUUUAAUAAAAAAAAAUAAUAAUUAUGUUAAUUAUUAUAAUUACUAUAAUUAUUUUGUCAUUUUAUACCACAAGUUAUUUGAAUUUUAAGGGCUUAUUUAUUAUUCCAGCAGUAAAAACAAUUUUUUUUAUAUUUUUUUCAUGAUUAAUCGUUUUAUUGUCGCUGCAAUUUUGUUUACUUUGAUAAUACAAUUUUUUGUUUUUCAAUUUUGAAUUGUUUUUAAAUGGUUAAACGUCAAAAAAAACAUACAAAUUUUAUUCAAAUUAAUAUUUCAUUUAUUUUAUCUGUACAUCAAACAAGUACUAUCAAAAGUUUUUGAUUUUCUUUUAAAUUUUUGAUUUACAUGAACUUUAUUUUUUUUCUUUUUUAUAAUUUUUCUAUUUCAUUAUUGUUAUUAUUAUUUUUUAGAUAAUAUAAUUAUACAAUUUAUUCAGCACUUAUUUAUUUGGUAACUUAAAAUAUUGCACAUACUAUUUUCUUCAAGGCAUAGUAAAAAUAUUUUUAUUUGCGACUCUGACUGGGAAGUACUCGUUUUUUUUUUCUUUCAUUUCUAACACUUCUACAUUGCAACAUUUAUUUUUGGCAAGGAAUAUUUUUAUAUUAACAUUUUUUUAAUCUUUUUAAUUUUUCCUUACAACAAUGCUUAAGCCAACGAAAUUUUAUUAUAUAUAUUUUUUUUUUGACAAG